GGAGGUCCUCGCUGGUUGCGCGGCGGGCGUCGUCGGGCGCGGCGGGCACCGGACCCGGGCUGCGCGUCCUCGGCGGGGCUGCAGCGGCAGCGCUCGGGCUCGCCCUCCCGCCCCGGUUGGCUUCGCGGACAGCACGGGAAGGAGGCCGGGGGGGACCCGCCCCCGGCCGGCCGCAGUCAUGAACUCCAACGUGGAGAACCUCCCUCCCCACAUCAUCCGCCUGGUGUACAAGGAGGUGAAGACGCUGACCGCUGACCCGCCUGAUGGCAUCAAGGUGUUCCCCAACGAGGAGGACCUCACUGACCUGCAGGUCACCAUCGAGGGCCCUGAGGGAACCCCGUAUGCCGGAGGCUUGUUCCGCAUGAAACUCCUGCUGGGAAAGGACUUCCCCGCCUCUCCCCCAAAGGGCUACUUCCUGACCAAGAUCUUCCACCCUAACGUGGGCCCCAAUGGCGAGAUCUGUGUUAAUGUGCUCAAGAGGGACUGGACAGCGGAGCUGGGCAUCCGACACGUGCUGCUGACCAUCAAGUGCCUGCUGAUCCACCCCAACCCCGAGUCUGCGCUCAACGAGGAGGCCGGCCGCCUGCUCUUGGAGAACUACGAGGAGUACGCCGCCCGCGCCCGCCUGCUCACCGAGAUCCAUGGCGGCGCGAGGGCCGAGGGUGGCCGGGCCCUGGUGAGUGGGGCUGCAGCCGCCUCCUCCGACCCUGGGGCCCCGGGAGGGGCUGAGGGCCCCAUGGCCAAGAAGCACGCGGGUGAGCGCGAGAAGAAGCUGGCGGCCAAGAAGAAGACAGACAAGAAGCGGGCCCUGCGGCGGCUGUAGAGUCUCUCCUCCCCCUCCCCGUCCCUGUCCCCUCCCUCCAACUGUCUCUAAGUUAUUUAAAUUAUGGCUGGGUGGGGGAGGGCGUGGGGGGCACUGGGACCUGGACUUGUUUUUCUAAAUAAAGUUGGAAAAGCA